UUUCCCGUGUGUUUACCAUUUUACCAUCGAUUUCUCUCUCAUUUCUGUUUGGCUCUAGAUUUCAUCGUCUCUAACAUUGCGCUCCACCGAAGGUUUCUUAUUACAUCUCGAAUCUCUUCCGUUCAGCGCCGUUUUUGUGUUCUUUGGUUCAUACCACAAACGAACCACAAGAAGUGGAGGUUACGUCUCUAAUUACUUCUACUCAGAACAGAGGGUAAUCACUUGUAUUCGAAACGUAUUUUUUCCUUCCUCAAAGGUCUGAUAACAAAUAAUGUUGGGCAACAUUUUAUAGAUGCUGUGCUGUUUUGGCAAUGAAAGGUUUUCAGGAAAACUGCUCUUGAUGGACUGCUCACCAAACAGUAGUGACAAGAAAACAUUGAAGCGUUGGUUUUUCAUUGAUAAAAGGGUUGGGUAAAUUAUUUUUGACAAGGGGCACAAAUUUCUAUUUGAUCGAGCUAUACUCUCUCACCACACCACACCACACCAACUGUAUUACAAAUUAAUUUAUUCUUGUAUUAAGUUGCUACAUGGACAUGACAUCAAAUCAUGCAUCUCCUGUUCUCACUGAACCUGCACCAAUGAAUAAAUCAAGGCUAGGAAUCCAUUCUGCUAUUUUGCCUUACUCUCAACCAGGUGCUUCCUUUCCCCCAAGUAAAUAUAUCCCAAUUCCUAGGAAGAAGUCUGGAAAAUUUGAUGAUGUGUGGUCCAAUGGUUGGUUGGAUGCCAUGAAAUCCUCUUCUCCUCCUCGGAAGAAAAUAAAGGAUUUUGAUGCCGAGUUUGCUUCAGAUGACGAUACUGAUGUUGCUUACAGCUCCUGGGUGCUGAAGCACCCUUCAGCACUCGGCUCUCUAGAGCAAAUAACCAGUUACGCAAGAAAUAAGAAAAUAGCUGUUUUUUUGGACUAUGAUGGGACCCUUUCUCCUAUAGUAGAUGAUCCAGAUUGUGCUCUUAUGUCUAAUACUAUGCGUUUUGCUGUAAGAAAUGUUGCCAAAUAUUUUCCAACGGCAAUCAUUAGUGGAAGAAAGCGAGAAAAGGUUUUUGACUUGGUAGGACUAACAGAACUCUAUUAUGCUGGUAGUCAUGGGAUGGACAUUGUCGGGCCUGUGAGUCAAACAGUGCUGAAUUCCCAUCCCAACUGUACUAGAUCUACUGACCACCAGGGUAAGGAUGUUAAUCUGUUCCAGCCCGCAAGGGAAUUCUUGCCCAUGAUAGACGAGGUUUUUGGAACCCUCGUCGAGAAGACAAAGGAUAUUAGAGGCGCAAAAGUUGAAAACCACAAGUUUUGUGCCGCUGUACAUUACCGGAAUGUACAUGAGAAGAAUUGGCCUACAAUAGCACAGUGUGUUCAUGAUGUACUAAAAGACCACCCACGUUUACGAUUAACACAUGGGCGGAAGGUUUUAGAGAUCCGUCCGGUGUUCGAUUGGAACAAGGGAAAAGCUGUUGAAUUUCUGCUCGAAUCUCUCGGAUUAAACGAAAGUGAAGACGUGCUCCCUAUCUAUAUUGGUGAUGACAGAACUGAUGAAGAUGCUUUUAAGGUGCUGCGGGAGAGAAACCAAGGCUACGGCAUCUUGGUGUCUUCUGUGCCUAAAGAGACCAACGCAUUCUACUCUCUUAGGGAUCCCCCAGAGGUAAUGGAAUUCCUGAUGGGAUUGGUGAGAAGCAGGAAGAAGGUGGAGAAAAAUACUUGAUUUCAUUUGGUACAUCAAAGAAUUCAAUCCAGUUUGUGUGUUGUGGAAUUUAGAAUAGGCAAGUUUCAUGUUUCUUUUGUGUUAUAAGUUCUCUUUUUCCCCCUUCCUUUGGGAGGUUAUGAUAUGUUCAGUUAAGGAAUUAUUUCGAGCUACUUUAUAACAAUACCGUAACACAGUUCUGUUCUGCGAUA